GUGACGUCACGUUGUGGACGUCGGUGCUGCGUUUUGAUAGUUUCUCCUGCUGUACACUCACAGAACACCUAUGGUACACUGUAGUUUCUGCCGUCUAAGUUCGAGAAGACUGUUUGAUAAAGCUGUGGCCGUGCCUGCUGUGGACAGCACUACUACAACGGAGGCACCAAGAGAGAACCAGUAUGCUCCAUGGAAGACCACUAUGUUUUGCUGCAGCUAUAGUUGUCUUGGCAGUGAGUGCACACUGCCAACAACAGGCAGUCUCUGUAGUUGUUGAACAGAAAGCAUCUCAGAAGAAGAGUGAGGAAGAAAAUAGCAAACCUGAAGAAAACCCUACAAAACAUUUUCAAGCCCAAAAGGAAUGGAAAAACGUUAAGCCAGGAGAAGCCAUACCGGCUGGCCUGCAUGUGCGAAUGAAUUUAGCGACAGGCCACACUGAAGCUAAAUUGAUGGAUGACGAUGACACAAACAAUGCUCAACAAUCCGACAGGCCUGGCAGCCAUGAUAGCCAUUUGCUGCUGGAGCAAGCUAAAAGUCGACCUUCAAUAACACUUUCUGAAAAGAAGGAUCUGCCAUGGAACAUGGAUGAGCUUAAGAAAAAGAUGUCGAGCUUAAAGAAGGAAGCUAAAUCAGAGUCACAAAUUCUUUAUUACCUGUUGGAGAACUACCGCAAUGCCACUGAAGCUGGGAAGGAAGCUCUGUUGAGAGAUAUGGAGUUUCUUGUUCACCAGUAUGACACAGCCGUGGACUUUGUGGCAAUGGGCGGCCUGCUUGCUAUUUCACCUGAUCUGAACUCCACAUCUGACGCCAUUCGCGAACUGGUUGCGCACACGCUUGGCUCAGCAUUACAGGGGAAUCCAACAGUGCAAAGGAACGUGCUGAGCCAAGGGCUUUUGCCACAGCUGCUGCGCCUCAUUGUUCUAGACUCAUCAGAACGAGUGAGGCUGCGUUGCCUUUUUGCACUGUCAUGCCUGGUGCGCCAACUCCCAGAGGCUCAAGAAGCACUGCUUCACCAUGGUGGGCUGACAGUGCUUGCAGGCCUCUUCACUGUGCCAGACAGUUCGAUCAAGUUGCAGCUGAAAGCACUUACGCUCUUGCAUGACCUGGUUGUUGAGCAGCACUUGAGACAUGAAUCUGGCCAGCCAACUGACUCAGAGCUGACGCAGAGCAUCCAACUACAUGGGUUUUGCAGUUUGGUGCCGCAGCUUUUACAGAGCUCAGAUGUUGAUGCCCAGGAGAAGGUGGUGCAGGCCAUGGCAGCCCUUGCAGAGGUGUGUCUAGAAGAGUUCCAGAAACACGGGCCGGCACUGCAAGAACUACUCAGUAACUAUCAGAGGCAAGCACACCGAGAACACUCAACAGAGGAUACAGACCAAGCAGCUGACUACUAUGAGGGACUGCUUCACUCUGUGUCACAACUCCUGGACACUUUACAGAAGAAGCAGAAGGAUGAAUUGUGACGUGGCCUCUUGACAGUGAGGUGGUGGUGGAAACUUUGACUGUGAUAAUGUCUGCCUAGAUCCAAAGUGUGCCUCUAAGUCAACUGAGGUGUUUAUGCUCAGAAACUCUUUGAGUGCAUUAUUGACACCUGUGACUGAUUGCUCUGUUUUAGAAUUGCAGAGGUGUUUCCUAUUGUUCUUGAUGCUGUAUUGCCACUGAGUGCGAAAAAAAGUGCUGUCAUAUCUCCACUUGUGCUUUCAAACACACCUUUCAGUUUUCUUUGCUUCUGUUUCUCCUUGCAUACUGAAUGCAGAAAACAGAGUAGUAACUUUUUUUACUAUAUUUUGCUCACAUGUGAGCCCUUUUGUAGGCGAUGUCUCGUGUUAUUAGCAGUAUAACUUCACAGCGGCUUAUGUCUGGCCCUGUUAUUUUGUCUGUAAGUGUAUCGCAUCAGUAUAUGUGUACAUGCGUGGAAAAAACUAAACUGCCUAGACAGUGCUGCACCCAUACAUUGAUGAAAGCUAAUUUCAACAAACA